AAGAGCAGUUGAAAUCAAUGGAAGGUUCGAAUACAGUAAACGUUGUGAGUCAUAAAUCGCGUUGGAGCGGACGAAAAGAGAAAAAGGUCAACACAGAUCAGAAAGAGCGCAGAUACUCAGCCAAGGGGACUGGGCACGACAACAAGGAUAACGUACGACGAUGUUACAACUGUAAUAAAACUGGGCACUUUGCUCGAGACGCAAAUUGUCCAGCAAAGUCCAAGAGCUGCAAUAAAUGCGGAAUCAUAGGUCACUUCUCAGCUUGCUGCAAAAAAGCAGGGGAGAAGCACAACAAGGAGAAAGAAAAAAAGGAGGAGAAAAGAGCAUAUAAAGUCUCUGAGGAAGAAGGAAAAACACCAACAAGAGAUGACUAUGCCUUUGUUAUUGGUGGGCAUGGACAAAAAGAUAUGGGUCAGGUGGAUCUAAUUAUUGGAGGAGUGAAACUAGAAAGUAUUUUAAUUGACUCAGGUGCAACAUGUAAUGUAAUUGAUUGUGAACUCUGGAACUAUCUUAAAAGAAAACAUGUUAGGUGCGAGUCAAGGGUAUCAGACAAGAAACUGUUUGCGUAUGGACAGAAAGAGCCAAUCGACGUUGUAGGGACAUUUACAGCAGAGAUUGUGUGCGAGGCAAACAGUGAAAGAUGUGUAGACGAUUUCACUGUGAUUAAAGAGAACGGAAGGCCUAUAUUGGGGAAGAAAACAGCCGAACAAUUGAAAGUACUCAGGGUUGGACCUGAAGAAAUAAUAAGAACUGUUAACACGGUCACACAAGAGGGAAGUGAUUCAGAUAUUCGUGAGGAGUUUGCUGAUAUUUUUACUGGAGUCGGACUACUUAAGGAUUACAAGCUGAAACUGCAUAUCGAUGAGGAUGUUAUACCAGUUGCUCAGCCGGUGCGUAGACUGCCAUUCGGUCUAAGGGACAAAGUAGACGAUAAGUUAGACGAGUUACUCGACAUGGGUAUUAUCGAAGAAUUGCCAGAAGCAACACCUACAAGGUGGGUUUCACCAUUAGUGGUUGUUCCAAAAGCAGAUGGAAAGGAUAUUCGAGUUUGUAUCGAUAUGAGAAGGGCAAACGAGGCGAUUGUAAGGGAAAGACAUCCUAUUCCGACCAUAGAAGAAGUUUUGUAUGAUUUAAAUGGAGCAACGGUAUUUAGUAAGAUAGACCUCAAAUGGGGGUUUCAUCAAGUGGAACUCACAGAGGAUUCAAGGGACAUUACGACGUUCGUGACACACCGGGGGUUAUAUAGAUAUCGUCGACUGAUGUUCGGAAUUACUUCAGCUCCAGAGAAGUACCAGAAAAUAAUCUCAGAUGUUUUGGCAGGGUGCAAUGGGGUGGCAAAUAUUGCGGAUGAUCUUAUUGUUUACGGGGCUGAUUUAUCCGAGCAUGAUGAGAAUCUUUAUAAAGUACUAACACGUCUGCGAGAGAAAGGUCUUACCGUAAAUGGGGACAAAUGUCAGUUUAGACUUCCGGCCUUGACCUUUUUUGGCCACAAGCUCAGUGCCAAAGGGGUGGCACCAAGUGAAGAGAAAGUUGCUGCUGUAGUCAACGCUAGACCACCGCAAAAUGUUUCGGAAGUUAGGUCGUUCGUACAGUUAGUACAGUAUUCGGCAAAGUUUAUCCCGGACUUUGCGCAGAUUGCAGAGCCGUUGCGUCGUGUACUAAGAAAGGGACAGUCGUUCGUUUGGGGGUCAGAGCAACAGCAGGCGUUUGAGAAGCUGAAAUGGAUGAUGACUAGGGCUGAAGCCCUGGCUUAUUUUAGAAACGACUGCAAAACGAGAAUCGUCGCGGAUGCAGGGCCGGAGGGAAUUGGAGCUGUGUUGCUACAACUGCAAGGAGACCAGUGGAGAGCGGUGUCGUAUGCCUCCAGGAACCUCUCGGACGUAGAGCGGCGAUACGCCCAAACAGAGAAGGAAGCACUUGCACUCGUGUGGGCUUGCGAGCGGUUUAAUAUAUAUGUGUAUGGUCGUGAAUUCGAACUGGAAACUGACCAUAAGCCACUAGAGUGUAUUUUCAACAAGACAUCGAAACCCUCAGCAAGGAUCGAAAGAUGGGUAUUACGGCUUCAGUGCCACAACUUCAAGGUCGUUUACCGGCCUGGAAAGACGAACAUUGCCGAUGCUUUGUCUAGAAUGAACCAGAAGAGUCCAAAAGACCACAGCAGCGAGAAAGAGGACGUCAUCCGUUUCGUUGCCAUACAAGCGACACCCGUGGCCUUAACGACUAAAGAAAUAGAGAGAGCGUCAGAAAUCGACGCUGAAUUACAAAGUGUGCGAUACUAUAUCGAAUCGGGAGAUUGGACUAAAUGUAAACUGUCGGCAUAUGCGUGUGUAAAGAAUGAGCUCUGCAUGAUUGGUAGACUUGUUUUACGGGGGAAUCGAAUCGUUAUUCCUCAGAUGUUGCGAAGAAAGGUUUUGGAAGCGGCACAUGAAGGCCAUCAAGGAAUUGUAAAGACGAAAAGCAGAUUAAGAACGAAAGUAUGGUGGCCCAAGAUGGACAUAGAUGCUGAACGAGUGUGUAAAUCGUGUCAUGGAUGUCAAGUAGUCAGCCAGUAUAAUGUACCGGAACCCAUGAAACGGACCGAGAUGCCUACAGGCCCAUGGCAAGAUGUCGCAGUAGACUUGAUGGGGCCAAUGCCAACCGGAGAAUACUUGCUGGUAGUCGUGGAUUACUAUAGUCGAUACUACGAAGUUUCCAUUAUGCACUCAACAACUUCAGAAAAGAUUAUCAAAGCGCUAAACGAAAUUUUUGCUAGAUUUGGUUUUCCUUACUCGUUGAAAUCAGACAACGGGAGACAGUUUGUUAGUGAGGAGUUCAAGAGGUUUUUACAACAAGUGAAUAUUGAACACAGAACGUCACCACCACUUUGGCCACAAGCUAACGGUGAAGUGGAGCGCCAAAAUCGCACUCUUCUCAAGGCACUAAAAGUGGCCCAAGUUGAAGGCAAGGAUUGGAGAAAGGAGUUACCACAAUUCCUUCUUGCGUAUAGAACAACACCGCAAGUCACAACUGGAAAAACACCAGCGUUCCUUAUGUUCAAACGUGAACUGAGAAGUAAACUUCCAGAACUUAGGGGAGAUAUAGACGACUUUGAUGAGAACAUAAGGGAUCGCGAUUGGCGAAACAAGCUAGUACAAAAAGCUAAUGCAGAUGAAAAAAGGAGGGCAAAUGAUAGCACUAUUCUACCAGGAGACCAAGUACUACUACGGAACACUAAAACGUCAGGGAAGUUAGCUGCCAACUACGAAAAGGAGCCGUAUACGGUGGUCACGAAGGAGGGGAACGAAGUGAUGGUAGAGGCGGACGAUGGCUCGAUCUUUAGGAGAGACAGUUCAUUUGUAAAACCAUAUAAUAAUCCAGUGGAGACAGCUACGGAAAGCGAGUCCCAACAACAGCCGCAACCGGAUAGCGAAACGGUUAUCACCAAUAGACUUAAGCGGGAGAUUAGAUUACCCGAGCGAUUCAAUGAUUUUAUCAUGGACAAACCAAAGUGA